AUAUGAACUGCUGAUAGGCUGUAUAGUUUUGGUAUCUAAUGGUUGCGCCGCCUUGUGAUUUGAUGAUGUCUCAUGUAUCAAAAAACAUUAUUGUCGUGAGUUAUUUAAACUGAGCUUGUCUACUGAUACUUUACGUUAUGCAUAUUGUAGAUGAAAGAAAGUCUUUAGAAUUUAAAGCAAGACCUCCGGUUUCUUUGUUUUUGGAUGAUGAGCGAGCGGAUUAUAAGCCAGGUUGUAGUGUCAUAGAAAUAUCUUUUCCAGAGCCGGUAACGAUUGGAGAGAUAUGUUUUCGUAAUAAUUAUACUGCAUAUAUUGGUCUGUCCUGCAAAAGGGUGCCUGCUGAGAAGGAUGUUAAAAAUAGGGAUAUCCUUCCAUGGCAGACAUCAGUGAAACAUUUUAUUUUAAUGGAAGAACCUGAAUGUGAAAAAAAUUCUCAGAAUGUUUUUUCAAUUCCCUCCACGAAGAGUGCCAUCCCAUGGUCUGGUAUAGUUAAUUUGAGAAUUAUACUAAAACAACCAUCAUUCCGGUGGAAAAAGUUUGGUAUAGAAGAACUAAACUUUUUUGGAGAUCUACUCAAGGAUGGAAAGCAAGUAGCAAGUGUCCAUUCAGCAUCAUCAUCAAGAAAAAUUGAAACUAAACCUGUCAUAUCAGAACCUGAAAGUUUUGAAGCUGUUAUGAGUUCCAAAUCAAGAUAUAUAUCGAUAGUAUCAGAAAUAAUGCGAAAUAAGCAAGCAACUGGUGCUGCUGUUGGCAGGUUUGAGGUUGAUGGGUCAUAUGAUAUUGGUCAUCUUGUGUGAACUGCAUAUAUACAAUCCUGUUCCUUUCUGCAUUUUGUUUAGGAAUUUGGAUAUAUACAUUCUCUUAUUAUUGUCAUUGUAAUUUUGGUUUUAAAGCUAAGUACUCUAUUUGCUGGUUUUCGCUGUGCUAUGAUAAAAUAAUUUAUUUAUUUUUAAGAUGAUGUUAUGUUUAUAGAUGAGAUAUGUAACAGGUGAGAGAGAAUAUAAUUUUAUAUAUUGCUUAUUAAGUUUUUCUUAAUUUUUUCUACUGAAUGUAAAAUUAUGUAUAUUUUAUGCAAUUAAUAAAAAAAUUUUAUUUCUUUUU